AUGCCGUCGGCACUGCUCUCGUCGGCGCAGAAAGACAUCAUUGGUUCGCAGGCAAGAGAUUACACUGCCUUGGUUCGCCAGGUGAAGGACAUCUUGCCACAGUUCAGCGACGACCAGGUGUGCGAUGCCCUCGUGCAGUCGAACGAGGACAUCAGCCGAGCGGUGGAGCUGCUCAUGAGUCAGCAGCCCACCUCUAAGCAGUCCAAAAAGAAAGAGAAGCACAAAAACAGAGAGGCUCGAGCGCAGGCCGAGGCUGAAACAGCAGAGGCUGCCUUCGAGGCUUCGGGACACGUUGAAAAGCAGUACGCAGACGAGGCAGCCAACGAGCCCAGAGAAGAAAGGCCUAAGACUGCAGCCGAAAAAGAGGCAGCCAAGCUGAGAAAGAAGCUGCGAGAGAUAGAACGAAUUGAGGAGAAGGUUGCGAGGGGCGAGAAAGUCGACCCCUUGCAACUACCCAAGCUUGACAAGAAGCGAGAGACCGAAGUAGAACUCCGCGCAGCAGAACACAAAAUCCUCCAAGAAGAGGAGGAGCGAAGACAGCAGGAGGAGCAGCUCAGGAAGCAGGAGGAGUGGGAGCGCCAUCGCGAAGCGCAAGAAGCAGAGCGGCGGCGGCAGGAAAACGCCUACCAGCAUCAGGCUGCAGCAAGGAUUCUGCCCGAGCCAGUGAGGCAGUAUCCGUCGUGGUUAGUUUCCGGGGAAUCCGAGAUCGCCCAGCCGGCGUCCGAGGCUACGCCUGACCCGCAUCAGCACAUGCGGAACGAGCUCCUGAACAUGCUGCACAAAACACCUCAGGAAAGCAAGGGCAUGGGCUUCACGCAGUCUGAGCAGACAGCCAGCCACCUUGGUGGAGGCUCCUACACGAGGGGCCCGCAGCAAACGAACGGCGAAAACUACCGUCACAGCUACAGGUCAGAACAGCAGGCAUACCAGCGGCCCUACAGCCAGUACAACAGCUACGAGCACUAUGGCCAGCAGUACGGCAGUCAACACUAUGGAAGUCAGCAGUAUGGCCACCAGCAGUCGAGGUAUCACGACUGGAAACAAGAGGAUUGGCGGCAGCGUGGCUCUUGGAACAAGGAGGCCCCUCAAGAGAAGCCUCGACCAGAGCUUCCAGAAGAUGAAGCGCCGAAAGCAGACUGGGCGAACCUCUACUCCACGCAGUUGGAUAUUUCCAGCAUUCCGGCAGACAAGCGUGCGGAGGCUGAGAGGAUUGCCAAGGAGAUUGAGCAGAACUCCGGCGGAGGAGAUGGCUGGGAUCGCCCAGAUGCAGGCCCAGGCCGAGCGAACGGCAAGGGUCAGGGAGACUAUGGUUCCAAAAAUGGAAAGAGCCACGGCAAGGGCAAAAGCAAGAAGGGUAAGGGCAGCAAAGGGAAGGCCCCUUACUGGAGCAAGGAUGGGCCUGGCAGAUCCGAAUGGCAGCCCAAGCACGAAGAAUGGCAGCCGAAACACGAGGAUUGGCAGCCCAAGGCCGAAGAGUGGCCAAAGGGAGCAGACUGGGGACCUCCGGGUUUGUAG